CGGGAAUCUUGUCGUCGUUCAAGACGAUGAUGAAGAUCAUGUGGAUGAACAAAUUGCUGACACAUCGAGAACUAGAACAAGAGACGAUAGAGCAGGAAGCCACGAUGACCUCGACGACUUACUGGAGAUGCAGGAAAAUGCUUUUUUGGAGGAAGAUGGGAUACAGAAACGAAGUCGAAGCGGACAAAGCGGUGACAUCGAUGCAGCAUUGCAGCCCCUUCAUCGCCCUCCUGGUAAACUACAUCAGUCUGCUGGAUCAUCGAAUGCCUCACCGGCUCACGAUUUGACGUUAUUGACUUGGGAAGACAUUUUGCUGCACGGUCGUGGCGCAGUGGGGGAAACAGCUCUGCACAUCUGCUUUUUGUUGAGUAUGGCUCCUGAAAUAAUGCUGGAGUGAAUCGCCCUUCUCAGCUGGAUGUAAAAUUCAAAAAAAAUAUCUUCCCCAACGCGACGAAGGGCGAUUCACUCAAAUAUUCUUGAAUUCCAAGAAAUAUUAAGUAGUAGAACUAGAAUUAUCUUGCCCUUUCCCUUUCUCUCCUUUCCCCUUGCGCUGUCCCUCCUGGUGACGAUGACUGCUACUUUCUGGCUUUACUCAGGUCUGCUGACCUAACCCAAUAACAGCAUGAUAAGUCCGACUGGGUUCGUAUUCACCUCUUCUAUUAGCCUUCGACGGUGUUGUAUAUUACCUAUCUAGACAGCCUCCAAUUGAGAAAUUGCGGCUUGUUUAUUUUAUCUUAUAUCAUUGUACAACAAUGUUCACCUGUCUAAACGAAGCGUUAUAUGUGUUUAUCUACAGUGAGUCACCCUUCUCAGCGGGAUGUAAAAUUCAAAAAAAAUCUCUUCCCCAACGCGACCUCGACCCACCUGGCGAUCCCAUCAUUCUUCAUCCUCCAUUCCGACGCUCACAAAAUCCUUAUCGACGUUUUAGUUAAGCAGUUUGGGAAACGCCUUUGCCGCCAAAA